ACAGGCGAGCCAGUCAGCAGCAGGUAAACAAACCUAUCUGACUGGGACGGGGAGCCAAACAAAGCGUUUGCGCCGUGUCACCGUCUCGCAUUUGUAAUGGUGAUGAGGACGACAUCGGGGAAGGAGACGCGCCAGCUGUCAGCAAGCGAUUCAAAUAAAAGCUGAUCUGCGAUCGAGCAGCGGGGCCAUACGACGGAGAUUAGGAGGACGCGUUUCAACCUGCGGAUACAGGGGACGCUUGACAUCUACGCACGAUGCACUGCAGCAUUUUUGAGAAAAUGGGUGUUUUUAGCCUAAUUAUCAGACUGGAAUAUGUGAUCCGAGAUGUCGGUUGGGUUCUUUAGCUACCGUGUGAUCUAACUGCGUCGGACUCGAAAGCAACAAUCAUCCCCCACUGUGCUGCAACAUGGGGCCCAUCAUGCAGGAGCGCACAGCAUCCACGACACUGAAACGCGUCGUUUCCAAAGAGAAGAUUCGGGUGAAAAAUACCGAAAAUAGCGGGACAGUAACCAGUUCAAAGAAGGGUAACAAGACGAAGAAAUCUGUGGGCCAAAUGAAAAAUGGUCUCCCAGGACCAGGUCAAGAUAAGGACACGGUGACAACAGUGCACAGAGGUGCACAAUCAAAAGGUGCCAGAGUGAAGCCUUGCACUACACGCAAUACAAGCAAAGUGUCCAGCCCCGAAGAAGAAGGGGAUUUGAGACCUCAGCUCCGCAAGCAAUCUUAUGCACACAGGAAGGAGGAAAAGCGAGAAAAUCAACGUGUGUCCCAAUGCACCAGCGAGCUCCAGCAAAACCGUGGGGGGAUGGGAAAAAAUCGGCGAGCCCUCUCGCUGCCUCUCUCUCCGAUAUCAGGAGUACGGCAAGUGCCGGCUCAGCCCCUGAUGCACUCCCCAGCUCCCACCCCCGAGGCACUCCAGCAGCACUACAACCACAAAGAUGAUGACACAGACAGUGCAAGUGAUCUGUCGGACUCUGAGAGGCUUCCAGUUCUGCCCUCCCCAUGCACUCCCUGUACCCCUCCCCAUCUCAACCUCCGGGCAGAGAUCAUCAACUCUAGCGACUUUCCCCCAGACUUUCCGGGACCCCAUGGGGCAGUGGGUGAUGAAGAUGAGAAUGAGAAACCCAGCUACAGUUACCCAGACUUUCUUCCUCCUCCCUUUAACAGUUGGAGUCUGAGACAGCUGGCAGUGUUUCUGCAUACAGAGGGUCGUGGUGCCCCCCGGCCUAAGCCAGUAGGGCCCUUAGAGAAGUACCUGGAGAAGCUCCUCCAGCUGGAGUGGCUCCAGAUUCAAACGGUGCAAGCAGAGAGCAGCCGUCCGCCUGGGAGCCGCCCAAGGCCACAGGGCUUCUCCUCUGCUACUACAGCUCAUCAACCUAGGCCUCACACAGCUCCACCAUCCCGACUCAACUCCCCAAAAGGGCUGCGGCACACCCAGCGAGCAUUCCCAUUUGCACCUGUCAACAACCCCCCAUCACCUGCCUCAACCCAGCACCAAGUCUCCCGCCUUCCAGUCUGUCCUCACUGUCACAUUCGCUACCCAUUGUGCAAUGGAAGCUGCUCUGCUUAUGUCUACCAGCGCCACUCACGACUCAGCCCACUGCUUGAGCGCAGAGCCAGACCCGGUGCACCGACAAAAAGGAGCAGCAGUGAGACCCGAGCUCCCUCCACAGAAGGUAGGAGCCCAGGAGGGCAAGGUGGAAGUGUGGGAGGGGCUCACACUCCAGUUAGCCCCUCAGCUGGAAAGAGUCACCACAGGCAAAUGCAGGCUGCAGGCAAUGCCCGUAAGCUACCCCAGGAAUCUGGCACUAACCCAAACAGCAGAGGUCAGGUGAGGAAAAGCCGUGUCAGAGCUAACUCUGAGACAGAUGUUAAAAAGGAGGCUGGUGGCAUGAAAGCAACCGGUGCAGAGAAACGUGCUUUUGCUGCAAGUAAGAGAGAGACCAUGACAUCCAAGAAAGAGGAGAGGGACUGGCAGAAGACAGAGGCAGUAGGCCAGGCCUCUAAAACAGCCAUGAAAAGAGCUGCUAAAGACCUGUCCUCUCUCCCCAAAGCCCCAGUCAGUAGUAAGCAGUGCGGCAAAAUGAAAAAUGUGCACUUUGUCGCAAAGUAACCCCUGUAGACUUGCAAUAUAGUGCUUUCCUUACAGGUUACUCGGUACAGGAGCUUGAAUCUAUGCUUGCUUUCUGUGUAAACUGUGUAAUACUAACAUGUUCUAACUGUUGUACAGCUAAAUCAGUAAGUGGUGUACAGCCUUUAAAGGUCGAAACCAUCAGCAAUCGUGCAGCUAGAAUACAGAAAAUAAACAGCAAAGAUAACUCGACAUUUAAAUAGAGCAGAACUAUAUACGCUGCAUUUAAUUCCGAAUGUACAGUUAUAGUAAUAUGGCUCACUAUGAACCUGAACACUGCUAUUAUUCAAAAAAGUAAAGCUUUUGUGUACAAUAAAUAAAUAAGUAAAACUAUUGCACUGCACAGUCAUUGCUCAGUAAUCCUCUAAUGUUAAAAUAAGCAUUUACUGUCCCGCUGGCCAGUUUUCAGCAUAAGUAAUCCACAGUGAAGAUAAACAGAGGUCACUAUGUUUCAACCAUCAAAUACGACCAUAGCUGUUUCAGUGCAAUUUUUGAAUGUUGGAAUGUAUUUGUUUUCAAUGUUCUUAUUUUUUUUUCCUCAAUGUUGCUUUUUAUUGUUCCUUUGGUGCCUCCAUGUUUUAAGACACAUUUUAAGUUAAAGCAAGUUUAGGUGAAAAGGAGGCAAAGUAAGUGGUGGGGUACUGCAGUAAUGUGGUCUGUUCCAGAUAUAUUUGUGAUUUGGUUUUAAAUUUUUGGUUACAAGGGCUUUUCAUGUUUGAACAGCUUGAAUUGUAGUUAUGAUAAUAUACUGUAUUUUGCAUAGAGCUGAGCUCUUUCUAUCAUUGAAGACGGUGUAAUGUUUGCUACGAAUGUAAAUGCAUAUUUUUCCAAAUUUUAUAUGCCAUAGUUAUAUUUAUCAGAAGUGCUGUGGUUGACUUGUACUUUCUUCUUCUUCUUCUUCUUCUUCUUCUUCUUCUUCUUCUUCUUCUUCUUCUUCUUCUUCUUCUUCUUCUUCUUUUUUCCCCCCAUCAUCAUUGCUGUUUACACUGUCACGCACAAAAACAAAAACGCAAAGAAAAAGAUCUGAAUGUAACUUUGUGUCAUUCCCAGGAUUCAAUGGAAGUUCAGAGGAUCAUAGCUACUAAGCUGUAAUGUUCUACAUAUCACCUCCAUAUCCCAUACUUGACGUCUGUAGGACACUGUGUUUACAUGAGUAUUUUAUCUGUUUCUUGUGAUUACUAUGUGCACUUGAUUCAUGAAAACACGACACCAAUGUAAAUGUGCUACUUAUUCUGACUGCACCUCUUAACUUAAAUAUCUAUGUAAACUAUCAAAGCCAUAGAUAAGGGGCCUGGAGUGGCAGUGUUGUUCUAAAUGUGUACAUUACAUCGACAUGCACGCAGGAAGAUUGUGGUAUGUACAGUAUUUUCUCAAUGUUGAAUGCGAGUAUUUGUAAGGCAUAGAAAUAAAUGUUUUGCACACAAGCGGCA